AUGUCUGAAGAAGCCGAGCCCAUGGCUGUGGACGCCCAGCCACCUGUCUCCAAACCGACUUCUUCGACCAAAGUCCCAGGGAAGAGGGGUCGUCCUUCUUCUGGUGCGAAAAAGGUGGAGACCAAACCGCCACCAUCGGAUAAGACAAGUUAUAGCUAUGGAGAUAUUGUUUUGGCGAGACUGAAAGGUUUUCCUUUUUGGCCUGGCAGGAUCACCGACCCCAAUGAUGUACCCAAUCAUAUUCAAAAGAUCCGCCCUUCAACCAAUCCAUCGACCUACUGUGUGCAAUUUUUCACUCAGGGCGAUUACGCAUGGUUACAUGCUAAUGUAAUUCGACCCCUCUCAGCGGAAGAGAUCACCGCUUGGCUCGCAGAAACCCACCGUAAAGGUAAAGGUAAUUUGCAAGACGCCUACUUGACAGCUCAGGAUCCUACGGAAUGGGACGAGGCUCAACAAGCGGCCAUCCGUGCUCGGGAGGAGGAAGAGGCCGAGGCGGAAGGUGAAGUUGACCAGCUGGAAGAGGAAGAAGUUGCGGAGUCUGGUGGAAAAAGGAAACGUGGUGCAGGAGAAAAGAAGGUUACAAAAAAGAGGGCGAAGACUGGAAAGGCGAGUUGGCUGACGAAAGAAGCUCCAGAACCAAAAAAAUCAAAAAAGGCUGAGCAACUCAAAGUUGAAGUCAAACCUGUCGCACAACCCGCUGCGGAUGAUGCAGACCCCCUGUCGUCAGAUCCGGAAUGUGCCAAAGUCAAACAUUGGAGACAUAUGUGUCAGAGGGCGUUUUUGGGUAAAGAAUUGCCCCAAGCAUCGGAAAUGGACCAAUACGACAAGAUAUUCAAUGAGAUUGAGAAAUAUGAGGGCAUGACAAUAACAGCUUUGCAAUAUUCCAAGAUUGGCAAGGUGAUGAAGAAAAUCGCUGCUCUUCGUAGUAUUCCGAGAAAUGACGAACUGAAAAUCACCGAACGAGCUCAGAAACUUAUGAACGGGUGGCAAGUCAUCAUCGAGCAAAGCGAAGCUAAAGUCGACGGCGGAAAACCUGUCAACGGUGAUUCUGUACCCGAGACGAACGGCGUUCAUGGGUCAGGGGAGAAGUCCGCUGAGGCUGGAGAAUCAGAUAAAAAAGAGACGACAGAGGUGGCUGGUGAAGCUGAAGCAUCGACCGAAAAGGUAGAAACGGCAGCAGUGGAAUUGGAACCUGCGGCUCCCCUUGAAACAGCCGAAGAUUAAGUGGACGACCCUGCAGUCCAAGCGUAGGCCUCUAAAACAAUUACUGGAGGUGGGGGAGGAACGUGGAAGCGUGAUGGAAGAGAAAUACCGUAUCGACUUUGAGAAUUGUUGUUUAGAUGGCUCAUAGGACCAUGUGUGCUAAGAGAGCGAAAAGAGAAGGGAAAAAGAAUAUGUUUUAUCUAUUUCUCAUACCUUUUAUUCCCUCGUCGUUUAGCUAAAUAAAACUUUGGGAUGCAUAGCGUUAAAUACCC